UGCGCCCCCUGCAGGCUGCAGCCUCACAUUACGUCACCAUGGUGGAGGACAAGCGGACGACGGGAGUCCAGUAAAAAAACACAAAAAAAAAAACGUUCCUGCGUCGCCUCGCUUGUCCCCACAACCAUUACGAAGACUUAAAAACAGGUCGUCUCCAAGCCCAACAUCCUUCUAAAAAAAAAAAAGACCGAAGCAAGCACCAUGAAGCACUUCUUAAGGGUUUUGACCCAGUUCUUCGUGUUCCUUUACUGCAAAUGUCUGUGGCGAGGACUCAAGUUCGUGGCCCGGAAGUUCAGCGGAAGGUGCGAGCUGCAGCGGAUCUGCUACAACAACAAACACGGCGCCCGCAGGACGCUCAAGAUCGAGUCAUCCCUGAGGUACUCCAAAAAUGAGUUGCUGCAGUCGGCCCUGAGCACCCAUCCGGACAAAGUGGAGAAAACCGUUGAUGACAUCAUGGCUCUGAAGAAGAUCAACCCCGACACCAACCCUCAGUUGGGCAUCUCCCUGCAGGCCAGCCUGAUGCAGAUUGUGGGCUACAGGACUCUGGUGGCCCGGGUGGAGAAGCUGCGCCGGGAGCCGUACGACUGUGAGAACGCAGAACACGAGGAAAUGCUGAUGAAGCUGUGGAAGGAGCUGCGCCCCGACACGCCUCUGACCAGCCGCAUCUCCAAACAGUGGUGCGAGAUCGGUUUCCAAGGCAGCGACCCCAAGACCGACUUCCGGGGCAUGGGCCUGCUGGGGCUCCACAACCUGCUGUACUUCGCCGAGCACGACAAGACCACGGCUCUGCAGAUGCUGCACGACUCGCUGCAGCCAAAGCACAAUGAGGCAAACAAGGCUGAAUGGGUACAGCGGAACCUUGAGAAAGCCAUUGGCUAUUCUUUCGCCAUUGUGGGCAUCAACAUCACCGACCUGGCCUACUCGCUCCUGGUGAGCGGCGCCCUGAAGACCCACUUAUACAACGUGGCCCCCGAAUUACCCGCCUUGCAGCACUUCCAGCAGACCUUCUGUUACUUGAUGCAGGAGUUCCAGCGCUUCUGGAUCGAGGAGGACCCCAGUGACAUCAUGGAGUUCAACCGGGUGCGCUCCAAGUUCCACCGGAAGAUCCUGCGGCAGCUGAAGAACCCGGACGCCGCUCUGUGUCCCCACUUCUCCGCUUCUGACCUCCACCUGGUCAAUCUGUAAACACUCACCGGAGACCCCGCCCCUGCACCCCCACACCCAGCCCGGAUGCCCGGUAGGCCCGUUGUUAAUAGAAACAUGAGCUAACGUCAUCACCGUGUCACUGCCAGCAGCUAAACACACACACACACACACGAUUGUCCCACCAUCACACGUUUAUCUUGAUUGUAUCACACACGCUUUUACGCUCCUUUUGCUUUUUCACACGCCAAAAAUCAUGCUCUCGGCCUAAAAAAAAAAAAAAAAAAAGUUUUGACGUGCUGUCAAAUAUCGUACUUGAAUGUGGAGAAUAGAUGUACUUACAGUCCUGUGAACGAUACUGUAGAAGUGUGUACACUUUAGAGUAGUCAGUGUGCAGCUUGUGCAGCGGUUUAGAUUUGCUAUCAACGCUGGUAACAAGUGAGUGGCAAGAGAGACGUGUCUUGCCUUACCAUGAAUUGAUUAACGUGGACCCCGACUUAAACAAGUUGAAAAAUGUAUUCGGGUGUUACCAUUUAGUGGUCAAUUGUACGGAAUAUGUACUGUACCGUGCAAUCUACUAAUAAAAGUCUCAAUCGGAAAAAAAAGUCAAGCACGGCGGUGCUAGCAUCAUGGUGCAGAGGGGUUGCAUGAGUUGAAAUUGAAACGCGGAUUCCAACAUCUGCUGACGUAUCGUGUUUUCCCUUAAUGAGCCGUAGCUUGUCUCGCGGCCCGGCAGCACUCGUGCAGCUCCUGAUCACUCAGUUACCUUCCUAUGUACAGCACGUGUGUUGCCAGCCAUUCACACAAUAACGGCUGUGUGUUGAUAGUAAAACUGUACUGCUGUACACUGACUAUGGCGGUGGCAGCGUCGUGGUCCGAGGCUGCACGAGUGCUGCGGGACACCGAGGAGAGUUGCGGUUCAUUUCGGGAAAACAUCGAUUAUCAUACUUGCCAACCCUCCCGAAUUUUCCGGGAGACUCCCGAAUUUCAGUGCCUCUCCCGGAAAUCCCGAAUUUCUCCCGAUUUCCAGCCGGACCUGAGUGAGGACAGCCUGUCGUCACGUCCACUUUUCCUCCUUAUAAACAGCGUGCCGGCCCAAGUCACGUUAUAACGUCUACGGCUUUUGGAGCUCAGUGCGCAACUGCACACACAACAAGAAGGAGACUGUUAUAUAUGUCUCCGUUAUCCAUAGGUUUAUCUAUAACCCAUAAAGUAGGCAGGCACGGAGCUAUUGCUCAGCGUGUGUUUAUUCCAGCCGGCACGUUAAUACACUGACACACAACAUCCGGAUUCCCAUCAUGCAUUGCUUCAAAACUACGGCAAGUAGCAGAGAGGAGUGUUAUGUGUGUAUAUAUGUGUAAAUAAAUGAACAAUGAAAUUCAAGUAUUUCUUAUAUAUAUAUAUAUAUAUAUAU